CCAUUCUGCUGUUUCCACCUCCCUUCUUUCAGAGAACAAAUUCAAAGGAAGACCAGUACCUUCAGGUCAACAUCCCAAACCAGCGGUUCCGUUUCUCUCCAUCUCUCUCUUCUGCUACUUGGUUUCUAACAACGAUCUAUUUCCCCUCAUAGUUUCUGUUUGAUCCUUGAGCUGAUGGAAGAAGUAAAUAGUGGGGGUGAAUGAUACUAGUAGUGGGCACUAUUCAUCUCUUCGCUGGUUUCUUCUUUAACCUUCCCAUCGUUAACUUUACUUCCGUUUCAGCAAAUGCAUGCUAUGACUUCUGUGUUCUGAUUUGACAGAAAGUUCUUUUGUUUUUUUUUUUUGUCCGGCCAAGAUUUGACAGAAAGUUCAGCCAAAGAAAAUUCCAUAUUAAGCUGUGACUUCUCUUUAUAUAAGAUGCAUCGGUCGACAAUUCUACUAAUUCAAGAUUGGGAAUUGGAAAAUUGAUCAUUUCAAGGCUUUUGCCUCUUACGAUGAAUUCACUUUUUCUGCACAUGAUCUCAGUUAUUGGAGGAUUAUAGAUUAAUGUUCGAUUACAUGCAUUGCAGCACUGGGUUCGAUCCAUUGGAGCCCCUGAAUUACAUUGUGAUGAGUUGUUUCUGUUGUAUUAUCAGAAAAAAGGGAUGUGUCUCAGCCGCACAACCAACCGAAAUUGAUCUUGAGGUUUCAGACAUUCAGAAUGUAAACCUUUACACCUACAAGGAACUCCGAAUUGCCACAGAAGGUUUUAGCCCAGAAAACAAGAUAGGGCAAGGCGGUUUCGGAUCUGUCUAUAAGGGAAAACUGAGAGAUGGGACUCUUGCUGCUAUAAAGGUGCUAUCAGCUGACUCGCAUCAAGGGGUUCGGGAAUUCCUGACAGAAAUCAAGGUGAUCACCAGCAUAGAGCAUGAGAACCUAGUUAAGUUGUUCGGAUGCUGUGUGGAAGGAAAUCACAGGAUUUUGGUGUAUGGCUAUCUUGAAAACAACAGCCUAGCUCAAACACUUAUUGGUGGAGGCCAUAGUAACAUUCCAUUCAGUUGGCCUGUGCGGCGGAACAUUUGCAUUGGCGUUGCCCGAGGCCUAGCAUUCCUUCAUGAGGAGGUUGAACCACAUAUUAUCCAUAGAGACAUUAAAGCAAGCAAUAUACUACUUGAUAAAGACCUGCAGCCCAAAAUUUCUGAUUUUGGUCUGGCAAAGCUUCUUUCUCCAAACCUGACCCAUAUUAGUACACGUGUUGCUGGUACAGCUGGUUAUCUAGCGCCUGAGUAUGCAAUACGAAGUCAAGUAACAAGAAGAUCAGAUGUGUACAGUUUUGGAGUUCUACUAUUGGAAAUUGUUAGUGGGAGGUGUAACACAAAUAGACGGUUACCUCCUGAAGAACAUUAUCUUCUUCCAAAGGCAUGGACUAUGUAUGAAAGUGGGGAGCUGGAGAAACUGGUGGAUGCAUUGCUAGAAGACAACUUUAAUAUUGAGGAGGCAUGCCAGUUUUGUAAAAUCGGUCUUCUCUGCGCUCAGGAUUCUCCUCAGCUCCGACCAUCAAUGUCUACUGUGCUUGGCAUGUUGAUGGGUGAAAUUGACGUUGAUGAAAAGAAAAUUACAAAGCCAGGAUUACUGUUUGAGUUUGUCGAAUCCAAAGAUGAAAAGAUGCAAAAAGCUGAGGCUGAAGUGGAAAAUACGUCUUCCCUUGGCAUCACAGGGAAGCAAGAUGUUUCCUCUUUGACAGAGACCACGGCCUCUUUUGCUACCAUGACCUUCACUUCAAUUUAUGAUCGGAGCUGUUAAGUUGAGUAUAUGCAUUUACGCUUGAGUUCUGCUCUCCCCUCUUAUCAAAAAGUUGUCUUCUCUUCUUUGUCGUGCUACAUACUGCAAUGUAAAGUUUUGUUUUUUGCCCCUCAUGUAAAUGAGUUUAUAGCAUUUGAUGAUUCAUUUAACACUUUCUGAAACCUAGGAUAGUAUUUGAAAUAUGCUGCAUUAGUAGAUUGCUUAUUUUUGGUUAUUUAAAGGUCUAGCAGAGGUCUUAGCUCUACAUGACGUUAUUGCCCUGUGUACUGCUCCAUUAAUAUGGUUGCAUUAAUAAUCGAUAUCCAAUUUUAAUGUGAUUGAUAUGUUCUAUUUA